GAGGGGGUGUCAUGGCUCCUGCGUGGCCCCCUCCCUCCCCUGGUUACUGGGGGGCGGGACUGAGUGAGGGGGUGUCAUGGCUCCUGCGUGGCCCCCUCCCUCCCCUGGUUACUGGGGGGCGGGACUGAGUGAGGGGGUGUCAUGGCUCCUGCGUGGCCCCCUCCCUCCCCUGGUUACUGGGGGGCGGGACUGAGUGAGGGGGUGUCAUGGCUCCUGCGUGGCCCCCUCCCUCCCCUGGUUACUGGGGGGCGGGACUGAGUGAGGGGGUGUCAUGGCUCCUGCGUGGCCCCCUCCCUCCCCUGGUUACUGGGGGGCGGGACUGAGUGAGGGGGUGUCAUGGCUCCUGCGUGGCCCCCUCCCUCCCCUGGUUACUGGGGGGCGGGACUGAGUGAGGGGGUGUCAUGGCUCCUGCGUGGCCCCCUCCCUCCCCUGGUUACUGGGGGGCGGGACUGAGUGAGGGGGUGUCAUGGCUCCUGCGUGGCCCCCUCCCUCCCCUGGUUACUGGGGGGCGGGACUGAGUGAGGGGGUGUCAUGGCUCCUGCGUGGCCCCCUCCCUCCCCUGGUUACUGGGGGGCGGGACUGAGUGAGGGGGUGUCAUGGCUCCUGCGUGGCCCCCUCCCUCCCCUGGUUUCCAGGGGCCAGGACUGAGUGAGGGGGUGUCAUGGCUCCUGUGUGGCCCCCUCCCUUUCCUGGUUACUGCCUGUGUGUGACUGCAAUGUCCUCUACUCUACCCCUUCCUUGGUUAAUGGGGCGUGGGGGAUAGUGGGAUAUACCGUAUAUGUACACAGUGUGCAUGUACAGCUGCGUUCUCCAGUGUGCUGCCAGGUUUGGCCAGGGGCUAUUUUAUCCCCCAUUUUGUGCAGUGUAGUGGAGUUCAGCAUUUGCCCUGGACAUCCUAACUAAAGAGUUGAGGGUUACCUCUCAGGUGGGGCUCCCAGGUUUGUGCUUUAGUGGAGCUGAAUUCUACCUUUGGGAAGCUGUCUAGAGAAUGUCCUGAGCUAACUCCACCAGAAUUUCAUCCCAUUAGGAUUAUUCCAAGAGAGAACUUGUUUUUCUUUGUUUAAUGCAAAUGUGCAAUAUAGAAUGCUUACUAUAUAUUGUGAUACGAAUAUCAGAUGUGCAUGUAAUUAUAACCUUGGGAGGUGUAAUUAUAUCUCUCUCUACAUCACAGGAGAGUUCUCAAACUGUUGCACCAAUGGAGAGAAAAUGCAGUUGCCCAAAGGAAAAUGACAAAGGAAAUUCAGACUUCAGAGCCCUCCCUAUUCACAGAUACAGGAAGAAACUAGUUCAAGCUGUCAGAGACAAUUCAUUUCUUAUUGUGACUGGGGAGACAGGGAGUGGCAAAACUACUCAGCUUCCUCAGUAUCUAUUUAAAGAUGGCUUUGCAAAGCAUGGAGUGAUUGGUGUGACUCAGCCACGCCGAGUAGCUACCUUGUCUGUGGCUCAGAGAGUAGCUGAAGAGAUGAACUCUUCACUAGGAAGCACAGUGGGAUAUCAGGUUCGCUUUGAUGACUGCACCUCUGAGGGUACUGCAAUCAAGUAUAUGACUGAUGGCUGCUUACUGAGACAGAUACUGGCAGACCUCCAUCUUACCAAAUACAGUGUCAUCAUACUGGAUGAAGCCCAUGAGAGGAGUUUAAGCACAGACAUUUUAUUUGGCUUAUUGAAGAGACUGUUCCAGCAGAAGAAGCCGCCCAAGAGAAGAAAAGCCCUGAAGGUAGUGGUGAUGUCAGCCACCCUGAAGGUAGACAAGCUUUCAGAGUUCUUUGGAGGUUGUGCAGUGGUCGACAUUCCAGGAAGGAAUUAUCCUGUUAAGGAGAUAUUUUGUGCUUUGCUUGGCCCAAAGGAUACAGAAAGCUCUACCUAUGUUACAGAGGCUGUAAAAGUGACCCUGGAUAUCCACUUGAAUGAGUCAGCAGGAGACAUCUUGGUGUUUCUGACUGGUCAAUUUGAGAUAGAAAGAACUUGUGACUUGCUUUUCCAGAAAGCAGAAUCUAUUGAUUACCGCUAUGAUGUGCAAGAUUGUUCUGUUGAAGGUUUGCUUAUCUUACCAUUGUAUGGAUCGAUGCCAACAGAUCAGCAGAGAAGAAUAUUUUUGCCUUCUCCACCGGGCAUCAGAAAAUGUGUAGUAGCCACAAAUGUUGCUGCAACUUCUCUGACAAUUGAUGGAAUCAGAUAUGUCGUUGAUAGUGGAUUUGUGAAGCAGUUAAAUCAUAACCCCAGGGUUGGUUUGGACAUACUGGAAGUGGUUCCUAUUUCAAAGAGUGAAGCAAUGCAACGAGCAGGCCGAGCUGGCAGGACAUCAUCUGGAAAAUGCUACAGGGUGUACAGCAAGGAAUUCUGGGGUCAGUGUAUGCCUGAUCACAUGAUCCCAGAGAUUAAGAGAACCAGUCUUACAUCUGUCAUCUUGACCUUGAAGUGCCUUGCUGUACAUGAUGUCAUAAGGUUCCCCUAUUUGGACCGCCCUGAAGAGAGGCAUAUUUUAGAGGCUCUUAAACAACUUUACCAGUGUGAUGCUAUUGACAGGAGAGGCCACGUGACAAGACUGGGAGAGUUUUUGGUGCAAUUUCCUCUUCCUCCAAACUUGACCUGUGCUGUCAUAAAGGCAGCUUCUCUUGACUGCGAAGAUCUGUUGCUUCCCAUAGCUGCGAUGUUGUCUGUGGAAAAUGUCUUCAUACGACCAGCUGAGCUUCAGAAACAAAAGGAAGCAGAACUCCGACACCAGGAGCUGUCAUUACAGGCCGGAGGAUGCAAUGAUUUUGCAACCCUUUUGAACAUCUUUGAGCAGUGCAAAUCCAGCAAGUCCCCUGCAGUGUGGUGCCAGAAACACUGGAUCCACUUCAGGGCUUUAAAAUCUGCUUUUAGUGUGGACACACAACUUCAGGAAAUAACCAGUAAGCUUAAACAGCUGUCAGACUUCCCAAGAGAGCGUUUUGAUGGUUCCAGAAAUGAAAUACUCCAAAGAUGUCUGUGCACGGGGUACUUCGCCAAUGUAGCCAGAAGAUCUGCAGGCAGGACUUUCUGCACGAUGGACGGACAUGGUAGCAUAGUCCAUAUUCAUCCUUCAUCAGCACUUCAUGACCAGGAACCUCAACCUGAAUGGAUCAUCUUCCAUGAUGUCCUGGUCACAUCUAAAAUUUAUGUGAGGACAGUGUGUCCUAUUCGCUAUGAGUGGGUCAAAGACUUGUUGCCUAAGCUACAUGAAAUUGAUGUGUACGAACUGAGCAGCGUGGCACGGGAAGAGGUGACUGAGGAGGAAAUAACCAAAUGGCAAAACAAGGAAGAUCUUAAACGACAAUCUGCAAGACUAACAGAUGACUCUGCCAAGAAGAUGGAGAAAAGGAAUGAUGAUAAAUCAAUCCAGGAUGCCAGAUUGCGUUACCUCCAGAGAAAACAGCAAAGAGCACAGUGUAUAACUGCUAUGCCGAAGGAGAUGGACUGACACAGUAACUGGUAUUCCAGCAAUAGCACUCAGUGCAGCUGCUUGUUGUGAAGCUUGCAGCAUAUCUCAUCCGCACCACAUGGUGAGAACUGAAGGAAGCUGCCAGUUCACUUGGAGUUUAUCCAUUUGGGGGCACAAACCUGAUGCUUCUCGCUGUUUUCAUGAUGGACAGUGGGGAAAAGCUUCAAUGAGCUGAACUUUCACGGCCGUGUGUCAUAGGAAGUAACUUGUUCACCACCAAUGUGCCUGUUCUGUGUCCUACAGCUGGAACCGGAGUUAGCUAUAAAAAUGGGCAUUAGGGCUGUGAAUGGUUAACCAGUAAGCAUCACCCUUACUGCAUGAUUCUUAUUGGUUAUGGUUAACCGCAACCUGGCCAGACUGCAGCAGAAUCCCCAACCCAACGUGAAUGGGGGGUGCUCCAGCCUACCCAGAGCAGCCCCCACCCACAACAGGAAUGGGGCUGGGCCCACCACCCAGCCAGAACAGUCCCCGCCCAUGGCAGGGGGGCUAAGCUGGCCACGCCACAGGCCCCCAUAAUGUUUAGCCAGUUAACUUAUUAAACAGAUUUUUCAAUCUCUAAUGAGCAUUAUGUCAAUGCAGUUUUUGCAACAUUUUCUUGAAAAGUUUUUGAAAUGGAGUAUAACUGUGCAGUGUUACUUUUUUUAAAAAAAGUGUAUAUUUUAUUUCUUUCUGUAAAUUGUUACUUGUGGUGUGAUUGUUUUACUGACUGAUGUAUAUUUACCAUUGCGU